AUUUUCCUUCAGUUCUUGCAGAAUGGUCAGGUUAUCUUAUACGUUGUUUGGGAUUGUGUUUCUGGCACUGGCCGCCAGGGAACUGAGUUUCGCGGGAUCCCUGAAUAUGAAACUCAUUAAAGCCGUACUUCAGGGCAAUUCAACAGCCAGUGCCGUCUUUUCGCCUCAUAUCUUAACAAACACCAUGAGAGAAUUUGCUAAAUGGACAGCCGGCAACACAGCUGCUCAGAUAAAUAAAGUUAUGCUGUUCAAAACAAACAAUAUGCAACGUGCCGCCAAAAAAACCGAUAUCAAUACUGACUAUACUGACGAAAUUUUCGAAAGUUCUGAAAAUUUCGAACCUACAAAUACCGACGAAGACUACAGAACGAACUGUGAAGAUGUUAGUUCCCUGAAGGACAUCCAGUUUCGUUCAAUGCCAGAUGUUAUUCGCAUUAAAAGUACUUGGUUUGUCGCUAAAGGUGUUAUACCUGCUGCGGGAACUUCUGCGCAAGUACUUGACUUUAAGGCUUCCAAAAAGGCUUUACAAGUCUUGAAUAAGUGGACAGCGCAAACAACCAACAACAGAAUAAAGAAUUUCAUGAAAAAAACUACUCCAGAUAUGAAAAUAGUCGUGAUCACGGCGGCCCACUAUGAAACAGAGUGGCAAUAUAGAUUCAAUCCGAAGCUUACGAAGAAGGUGAACUUCUACACGAGCCCAACUAAAACUACUCCCGUCGAUAUGAUGAGUUUAGAGGGUAAAUUUUUGUACAAAUAUAUCAAGGCAGUUGACGCCGACGUCCUGCAGAUGCCCUUUAAAAAGAACAAUUUGAAGAUGACGAUUCUAGUGCCGAAGAAAGCUAAUGGCAUUGGCACUCUCAUCCAGAAGCUGACGAAGCUCCACAUGAGGAAUCUGAGACUGAGGGGAAAAGCAAAAACAGUCAGUGUCCAGCUUCCCAAGUUCAAAAUCGACUUUGAAGUUGACUUGAAGAAACCGAUGCAGAACCUGGGCAUACGCGACUUGUUCAAAAAGGCGAAUUUUUCACAGCUGGCCACUUAUAAGGGGGUACUGAAAGUGGAUCAUAUAAUACAGAGAGUCGUACUGGAUGUGAAUGAACGGGGCGCCUUAAUGGCUGUUGCUGCAAGAUCAUCCCCGAAACGUGAGAAAUUUAUAGUGGACCGUCCGUUUGUGUUUCUUCUCCGGCAAGGCAACGAUGUCUUUUUCGCUGGACGUGUCAACUUCGCGCCUAAAUAGGAACUUGUCGAAAUGAAGUGCUAUCGAAGAGAGCGGUAGGAGCACUUGGCUCCCUGAACCUUGUACGAACUUUAUGUCUUACCAAAAUAAAUUUAAAGUUUCGAAACCGAU